AUGCGUCACAACAACGAAUAUCAAAUGCACAAUGGGAGGGAUCCACAUCGGGCCUAUUCUACGGACGGCGAGGAAAGCCAUCGGACCAUUUCCGUACGUACAUCCUCGGAGUACGCCACAGCCCAUAAGCCAAAUGCUAUGAUUGGCAGAAAAGAAAAGAGACGACACGAACGAGACCUGAACGAUUCACCUCCAGGAAUCCACCGACAUGGACAGGAUUCCGAAAUUUAUAUCACAAGUGAAGCUUAUCGGACUACCCCGGACUUCAGUAGAGCCUCAGGCCACCACAGUCCCGUGGCAAGUUCCAGAUAUGGAUAUAGAGCUCCUAGUAAUUAUAGCUAUGGCUCAGCAAGAUCUGGAGCCUCCAAUGGAUCCACCAUAAAAACAAAAACCUCGAGACACGGUGGGCUUGUCGUUGAAACCAUGUCCACACCAAAUCCAUUUUGUCCAAAUACGAAAGGAAUGUGUUGUCUAUUGCUCCUCAUCAAUCUGGGAAUUAUUCUUGUCACACUUGGUUUUGUCAUAGUCAUACAAAUCUUCCAUCCCCUCAUUGUCUGGAUUCUCGGAAUAAUUUUCUUAAUAUUCGGCUUUGCCACGUUAAUGGGAAGCUUGAUAUAUUGCGUCCAUGUAUUCAGAAAUGCCAAACACCCACACGAAGUUAACCCAGAAGAUUUUUACUGGACGAGGUACUGGCAAGGACAGGUAGGCUCAGCCCCGGAAAUCCAUUACAAAGCCGAAGAAAAAUAUCCGGACGAUGCGGGAAGUGAUCGUUUUAGCAAAUACUCAUCGUCCUAUUACGAUCGACGUAACCAACAUUAUUGAAGUUAUUUAUUUAUUUAAUUUAAAAAGUUAUGUAACUAAUAGACUGGACAAAUGUGCCGUAACAUUGUAGAAAAUAUAUGAAUUCUUUUUUAUUAAAUAUGUGGAGAUAGAUUAUGAUAAGACAAA